UCUUACAGACUUAAAUGACUAAACUACCCUUGAUUAGUUGCUUGUGGACGAAGAGUGUGAUUGCGGUGGCGGCGGGAAUGGACGGCCACCGAGCUCCACCGCGGUAAAAAAAAGAACCCAGUAAUUAAUGAGCAGGUUAUUUUGGUUUGACAGCCAGGAAGGAUGAAAAAGAAGAAAGAAAAAGUUCCCCAGGAAGGAACAAUAUUCUCCAUUUUUGUCUUUUGUAUGCGAUUUGAUUUGGAUGGCAGAGUCGUAACUCGUACGUACGGCAUUAACAGGCAGAAGCAGAGUGAGUGAGUGAGUGAGCUGGCCUGUGACAGACCCUGAAACGGCCUAAAAACCUUCUUUUUUCCCCCUCUCCCGUUGGCCUUCCUUGGCACGGCAAGAGAAGCAAAGGGGUUGGUUGGGCAAUUGAUUGGAAGAAGAGGAGCAUUGUUGUUCGUUCAUAGCUGCUUGCUUCCAUGGCCACCUGCUAGCUUAAGGACUUCGGGGGUCCUUUUCUUUCAGCUGGUAAGUCCCCUUCCCUCUUCUUCCUUCUUUAAUUUCUAAUCCAAAGAGCAUUCCUUUUCACUUUACUGGUGCGGGUUUCCUUCAUCGUCUACCGCCAUUUGCCUGUUAUUGUGAAUUUGUGAUGGGUUUUGUUAGGGUUACAGCGUUCCUUUCUCUAUGAUCUCUGUUUUAGCAGAAGCAGCAGCAGCAGCAGCUCGUUCCGUGAUGUCUCAAGUUUUCAUGUGCUCUGUUUCGUAGUUCAUUCCGUGUUGAAGUUGGUGUCAUUUGAUUAUUGUUGUCCGAUUGCAAACUUAAACCAGUAGAUUUGUGAGAUUGGGUUGGGAAAUACGAGUGCUUGGGAAGGAUGAUCUUUCUGUUUGGCAAGUGAAAAAAAAACUAGUCAAACUGCAGAAACGUGGCUUGGAUUUGCAGAAAAGGAACUGUUAAAAUGAUGCUUGAUGAGAAGCAGUGCCUGACCCUCGAAUUCAGGAGUCACAACAGUUGAUUCUGAGCUACUGUGAGUAGGAUGUAUGAAUGAAGUAUGUGAAUUGGAUGAAGAAGCUGGCGUAAUAUAUGAAAGUUCAGUAAUUUCAAACUUGGAUGAAGAAGCUGAGGUAGUAGAUGAAGCUGUGGAGAAUCUGAAAUUUGAUAAAGGUGCCUAAGUAGUUAAUGAAGGUUAGCUGACUUUCAGGAAGUGGGUUAGUGGGUCAGAGAUGUGAGAAUCAGAAUUCCCAGCUAGGCUGGUUGUAUUUUGAUGUGUGUUUUAGCUUCUAAUAAUGAAAGUGUUCAAGUUUGCACGAUUUCUAAUUUACAGUUUCUUCUUCUUGUUGCUGUUGUUUUGACAGGGAGGGAAAACCUACAAAAGGCUUUCUUAACAGAGGGAAAAUGGGUGACAGGAAUUAUAAUGACAAUAUGUAUGGAGAAGGAAACAUCCCGGUGGAGGUGGCUAUACUGAGAGAGUUGGAGUACAGGAAAAAAGUCGCUCAGAUGAAGCACAUUCCUGAAGCCGAAUUUUGCAGAAAUUUCAGGCCUUUGCAGUUGCUGUCCUCCAUUCCCAGUCCCGGGCUCGGUCCCAAUCAAAGGUUGCCAAGUUCACAUCCGGCUCCUAAACCUCCAGCAAACCAUGAAUCCAGCCGUGGCCCCCUUCCAAUUCAAGCACCAAAGCCAGCUCCUGGAGUUCCAAUGAUGCACCAGCAACGAAGUCGAAGCAAACAACAUGAAUCUCAGCAGCCUUCCUCCGGUGCAGGACGUGAUCACGAUGACCUUCAUCAGAAUCACAGCGAUCACAACUUCUGCAAGAUUUGCCACAUUCCUUGCGCUGGCUAUGACAACUACAAGCAACACUUGGAAGGCAGAAGGCACAAGAAGAGGAAACUAGAACUGGAGAUAGGGGAGAGACAGCGUGGUGAGGUGGAAAGUCCUAGACGAUGGUGUGAAUCAUGCAAGAUCUGGUGCAUGAAUGACGAGCUCUACCAAACCCAUCUAAGAGGCAGACAACACAAGAACCAUCAGCUUCAGAUGCUGGAAGUUGCUUCGGGGAAGGACAAGGCGCUGCAGAUUGUGGUAGCAAAGCAAGCGUUACACUGUGAUGUUUGUGGUAUCGAUUGUCCAGGUGAGGAGUCCUUGAUGAGUCACUUGAAGGGCAAGAGACACACCGUUGCAGCCCAGUAUUUGAGAAAUGGAGGAGGAGGCACACAUGGUGGCAGAACAGGAAACCAGUUGCGCUAUGGAUGUGAUCUGUGCAACAUCUGGUGCCCGGACAUGCAUUCACUGGAAAUGCACAGGCAAGGGAAGAAGCAUAUAGUUCAAGAAAUCCGGAGCAGGAAGGCAUGAUGCUGAAGUUUGGAGUCAGCUUUGUCGAUGAGUAAGGAUUUAGGCCUGGAACAUUGAAUGCCAGUAGCUGUAGUAGCAUUUUAUAACCCAACUUAAGGUUGUUGGAGCUGCAAGUGGUUCUAGAGCUACUUGUUCUGUUUUAAACUUGAACUAUAACCUGCAAGCUCUGUUUUUGCUUUGUAGUAGCUAGUUUUCUUUCUGCCUUCAACCAUGGUUCCAGCUAGAACUUGACUUGAAUUACCAGAAACUGCUGUGUUUGUCCAUGGAUGUCCCGAAGUGGGUUUUUGUUGAGACUUGUUACGCAAGAAUCCGUUUCCAGUAGCUGUUUGUGUGUGGGAUCUCCAUGAGUUUUGAAGCAUUGUGGUUGCUUUUCUCUCUUCAAGUGGAGCUGAAUAGGGAAACAAACAUGCUGUAGUUGAUGGCCCUAUUUGCAGAGAACUGUGUGUGACGGAUGUGAAAUCUUAUCAGUGGAUUGGGAGAUUGUUGAACUGAAGGAUUUCGUUGAAAUGAAAUCGAUUGGAGAAACCCGUAGAAGGAAACUUGACUUGGGAAUCACGGUUUAAUUCUCUUUUCUGAUUAUUUUUGGGCUUGAGCCCAAUAACAACCUCACAUCAAAGUUUUUGAGCUGCAUGUUUAUGGGCUUCAGCAAAUCUCUAUCAGUUCGGCCCAGCAGUAAAGAAUUCAGUUGGCACUUGGCGCCUUCGAUGGAAUUUUUAAUAACCAAAGAAUUAAGAAUGGAUCUAAGGUUGAAACGGACGUGGGUAUAAUUCAUGUUUUUUUUUUUUUUGCCAUAGUUAUCCGAGAGAGGGAAGUAGCAAAGAUACGACAAAAUACAAGAUCUCCUAAGACCAUGCUAGAAAAAUUAAAUAAAUAAUACACGAUGGUCGACAACUGUUUGCACCAUCGCUCCAAGAGCUUGUCUUGUCACGAUAUGGGUAGCGCUAUUAUACCUACGAGAAGCGAAAUGGAACGUUGCACGAAGGAAAGAAGCCCGCAACACCUGAAUCUCUUGCAGGAGAGCUCCGCCCACCGCGUACGACGAGUCCUUCGCGUUGAUCAUUUGGACGAUCACCUGCACAUCCCCACAAAAUAAGACAUUAGUGAACGAGUGAGCCAGGCACCAACGUAAAGAUUCGCGAAGGGCCAGGAGCUCUGCCAGGAAUAGGUCAUCAAUAUUAGGGGGAAAAAUGCCCCCAAGCAAAUAUAGUGGUAUUAGCCUCUGCAAAACCAACAAAACCAGUGGCACGUCCGAACAAAUAUUUGGUGGCGCCAUAAAAAUGUACCAGUACUGAACCGGAAGUUAUAAUUCAUGUUUAUUUAGUGACUACUAUAUUUCCCACUAUUAAUUAACUUGCCAAUCUUCCUAAUUUUAUUAUAAUCGCUUUCAAAUUCCUUGAUCAUUACCGAUUGAUCAGUAAUGAUGGGUGUGUAUGAAUACCGAUGGAUCAGUAGUACAUUCCUAGGGGAGUACGACUUGUGGCAGCAUCGUGAGGGGUGACGUGGUCGCUUUAUUUGAGCUUUUUCGGCGAACCUUGGAGGGGGUUCAAUUACGAGAGCAGAGUUGACUGGGAUUGUACAUGGGUUGAAGCUUGCCUGGGAAGAAGGGGCUAGAAAGGUUGUUCUACAUACAGAGUCCACGACUGUGUUGGCCUUGAUAGAGUCGGCCACUCCUACUCACCCACACUAUAGGAGUGUCACGAAGAUCAGGAAUUGGCAAGUAAGGCUAGAGCAUGUGUUUCGUGAGGCGAACUAUGUAGCUGACUACCUCGCCUCUUUUGGGCAUUUCCUGCUUGUAGGGAUGCAUGUUUUUUUAUGUUCCAAGCAGUACGCUUUUGUACUGGUUGUACUUUGAUCAGGUUGUUGUUCAAACACCAUGUUAAGUUUAAUGCAUAAAGGUUGAUCAGGCGCCAUUUAAACGCUUCCUUGAUCAUUAUUUGUCCAACAAAGGAAAUGUAACUAAACAAACGCGACCUAAUAAAUCUCUCUCCACUUUCAAACCCGACAUUCCUAACUACAAAAUUGGUUACUAAAAGCCAUUUCCCGAAAUGUUAACAACCAAUAAUUACAUUGAGAAUGAACACCAAUCAUGUUGUGAAAUGACUACGUUAUUGUUUGUACAAACUAGCGCAUGAUUAACAAUAAAGUGUCUAUGGAACUUUGAAAUCUUAUGCCUGACAGGAACCCACCGCAUAUAUUUAUGCUUCUAUCACAUUACCCUUUGCCCCCCUUACCAAAAGUUGGACUCAAUCAUCAAUAAACCUUAUUAUGAUUCCUAUAGCUACUACUCAUUAAUAUAGGGAUCAUUAUGUAAUUUGCCUUAUCUUUCUCCAUGUUGCUAAGUAGAGGAGUUUAGGUUAACUUCAUGUAUAUAUGUAUGUAUGCGGAUAGACCACUGCCGAUGGAAGCAAGAAGACUAGAAAAAAAUAAAACCCUAACCGAGAGCUCCAAAGCUCUCCGGGGAUUAGUCCCGUUCUAUUCGAACGGGUAAAAUCGCGUAACUCAUGGUGUCGUCUCUUUUGUUCUUUUCCUCACAAUCGAUUUUUACAUGGUAUUAGAGCUGGUUUGGCCAAGUAUGGUCCUAUAUUCGAAUCUCCACGACCCCCCAUGAUAUUAACAAUCGAUUAAAGCACAAGGUAUGGUGGCCAGACCUAUGCAAUUAACUUCAAGCUCGUGAGUUGGUUUUCAUUUGAGGGAGACGUGUAAGAGAGUGAUAUAAGAUCCGUAAGAACAUUCUCCCAACAACUCUAGUUAUUGGAACUAAGCUGGUUGUUAUUUCGAUAGAGAUCCGACCACUUUAUUAUUAUUCAUAUGAAAUCAAAACAAGUUAGGAAUUUGGGAAAUUCAAUUCGUUGACUUGACUGCCCAUCCCACGUAUCCAUGUCUGAUGAUGUCUGUCUAAUUUGCGUUGACAUUCUCCAACACACAUGCAUCUUUCCCAAUUGCAUGCACGAACGCUAAUUACUUGAACAAGUCAACACACAUGCACGGAUUAAAGUCGUUCUUUAGUGUCAUUAAUUAUAAGGUUUCAUGAGAGGGUUCGACCGAAUUGGUUGACCGGCUUGUUGGUCUGAUUUGCAGCCGACACGAAGCCACUUCCCCGAUGCAUUUGUUCCCCCUGUCUUUCAUUUGUUUCUUUUUUGCCCUCACCCAACUAAGCAAAAUGUUGUCCCAAACGAUGCUAACAACCAAUUUAUAUUAAUUAAUCUUCUUUGAUAGUAAUUUUACCGAAGGUUUUAGGAUUUUGUUUGGCUCUUAACUAAGUGGACAUUCCUAAAUACUCUCUGAGAUUUGAUUCGAGCAAUGUUCUGUUGAAUGCGGGUCAUAACGGUUUUACCCAAAAGAUUUUGUGUUGUUAUGAAUUAGUUGAGCGACUCGAUGUAUUUGUUGAAACUGGCUACCGCUUGUACUCCCUUGGUCAGUUGAGAAUUUGGUUGAAUUUCCUUUGUAACUCGAUAUGGCCACGGUCUCAGAGAGGGCUUCUUGGUGAAAAUAGCUAAAGUUAACGAGAAGAUAAAAAAUAGCUUCGACCAUGUACUAGUUUCAUUUUUACUAAAUGAGAAAAACCACAUAACUCUCUGUGUCAAUCUCGUUUUCGUAGUCGGUUUAUUCCGACAGUUUGUUCCGAUUAUCAGUACUAACUUUUCAUUUUAGUGGUCUUCAGUUCGUCACACCAGAACACCAUUUACUUUCACAUCUUCUCCGACAACAAGUUAUUGAAAUUAUCCCGAUUUUAAGAAAAACUAGGAUGAAUUAAUGAUGCAUUUAUGUCGCGAGAACUAUCACAUGCCACUUCUUUCAUAUCAUUCAUAUCUUUCCAGCCCUAAGGACAUCAAUAACUCCAAAACAAAAAAACUCCUAGAAAACCCCAUUUGAGGACAGCAUUUGAAGACACCCACAACAUUAUCCUCCUCCACAUCACCAUAUGUGUUAUAUAUCUUGAAUUUUUUUGUUCUCAAAUGGGCAAAAUGUUGGUGGAGGAGAGGAGACUCUCAAGCUAUAUAUAUAACAUAACAUGGGUGAUGAAGUAGUGUGUGCAUGUUUGUCAAUGUCGAAUAGUGACCCAAGAAUCAAUAGCGGCGACAAUUCUAGGGCAUGUAUUUUGAGGUCCCGUACGGCUCUCUCUAUGGGUCUCAAACUCUCAAUGUAUACCAUAUAGUUUACAAGAGAAAAACAAAUGUCAUUAAGGCCUUGCUCGUCUUUUUUCUUGACAUAUCCCUACAAAUUGAAGACAAAGAAGGAAAGGGAAGUGGAGAUUGAAACAAACCAAAACUAGUGAAUCAAUGGGCAUCCAAAGUUUGGCUACUUCUCCUAGCACAUUUUGUCCAUGUCCCCUCUAUCAGGUUACAUGUCAUGUGAUCGCGGACUCCUUAUCACAGUCGUUACAAUCGUCCACAUCCAAAGUUUUCAAUUCAAAGAUUGAAAUUCAAUUCAAAUUGAAUGUGAUCGCGCUGGACAGCUAAUUAAAAUCUCCCAGUCCAGAAUUAACUGCAGUUGCGAAAAUCCCACGAAUGCCGAAUUAUAAUAAACUUCGUAGAAAUCU